AAAAGCAUCACGGAGAGAGGGCGCGGUAGAAUUUCGAAAAAAAUGCGAAGUCAUACACGCAUGGGAAAUUUAAACUGUAAAUGAGAAGGUAGAGAGAGAGAUCAGGUAGAGAGAGAGAGUGUGUGUGUUAUAUAAAUCAAAGGGGGAAGAGAGGCCAGAAGGCCCACAGUGGGUGGUAGAGAAAGAGAGAAGGGGGUGUGGGUUUUAUUUGUAAAACAAUAAGUAGAAAAUUGUUUGUUGUGGAGGGUGUGGAUUUUAUUUGUAACAUAAUAACUGCAAAUUGUUUGUUGCCGGGCCUGCAGAGAGAGAGAGGGGGGGAAGGAAGGAAUCCAAAGAGAGAGAGAGUUUGGAAUUUAAAGAGAGAGAGAGAGAGAGAGAGAGGGCAUAAUGCACGCCGGCGCUUUCGCUCAGAUUAGUAACGCGGCAUUUCCCGGAUUUAGAAGGCUGAUGCCAAUUUUCUCCCUCUACAAAUCUCAUUCACUGGUUUUCUCAUUUGGGUCGUUGCAUAAGCGUUGUGGGCUUUCUCUCUCUUCUCCUGCAUUCUCUUCCAUUUCGACGACAAUGGGUCAAGCUGCAGAUGCAGGCAUGGACGCUGUUCAACGCCGCCUCAUGUUUGAAGACGAGUGUAUUCUAGUGGAUGAGCAGGACCAUGUAAUUGGUCAUGACUCUAAAUACAACUGUCAUUUGAUGGAAAAGAUAGAAGCUGAAAAUCUCCUACACAGAGCCUUUAGUGUGUUCUUGUUUAACUCGAAAUAUGAAUUGCUUCUUCAGCAACGCUCUGCAACAAAGGUUACGUUCCCCUUAGUGUGGACAAAUACUUGCUGUAGUCACCCUCUAUAUCGCCAGGCUGAGCUUAUUGAGGAGAAUUCCCUUGGUGUGAGGAAUGCAGCACAAAGGAAGCUCUUUGAUGAACUUGGUAUCCCGCCAGAAGACUUACCUGUUGACCAGUUCGUCCCUCUUGGUCGUAUGCUCUACAAGGCUCCAUCCGAUGGAAAGUGGGGCGAGCAUGAAUUGGAUUAUCUUCUCUUCAUAGUCCGGGAUGUUACUGUACAACCAAACCCUGAUGAAGUGGCCAAUGUCAAGUAUAUGAAUCGAGAGGAGCUGCAAGAGCUUCUGAGGAAAGCUGAUGCUGGUGAAGAAGGUAUCAAGCUUUCUCCCUGGUUUCGAUUGGUUGUGGAUAAUUUCCUACUUAAGUGGUGGAAACAUGUGGAGAAUAGCACUCUCUUAGAAGCCGUCGACAUGAAAGCAAUCCACAAAUUGACUUGAGGAAGGGAGUAACAAAGCUUGUUAGCUUUUAACAUGUUUUUGGGCUGGUUUGAAAUUGGAGUAAUCAAGGAAAUCAUCAAAGACAAAUAGAAUAAUCAAGCAUUUUUUUGGCAAGAGGGAGAGAUGGAUGCAUGUUUUGGAUCAUGCUUCUCUUGUUGUGCUAUUUUUUGUCCGUGGUUUUGUGUCUGACACUGGAAUGGUAGUUGAAGUUUGCUUAGUUCUCAUGUUUGCAUUUGUAAGAGAUUCAGGGGCUUGUUUCUGGGGAUUGUUAUCUUUCUUUUGUGGUGGUGAUUGUUUAACUAAUUGGUCUGCUGUGGCAUUGUGAUGUUCUAUGGCUCUUGAAAUAUAACUGAAAAUGUAAUGCUGAUGUCCA